UGAUUAAUAAAACGAUAAACGUACUGUAACCAAUCUUUCAGUUUUUACAGUAUUUGUUGAUUAAUGCAGUUUUGAUGAAUGUUGAACUUUAGAAACAAAUCUUACCGACCUCAACAUUUUGCACGAUAGUAUUAGGAUUUUAAUCUUAUAUUUAGAAUUUGUUUUGUAAUCUCAAACACUGUAAUGGCUAAAUCAGAUGAAUGGUGCAGGUUAUUGCGGAGGUUCUUGAGGAGGAAACGGUACCGUCUCUCUCCCGUGUGAAAAAGCUCUUGGAAACACUUGUAAGUGGAGCUGGGAAGUUCACAUCAGUUCACAAGAGUAAUUUGGCCACUUUCACACCCCUAAUAACCCAGUUACUCCAUCAGCACCCUCUCUGUCUAAUGAUCAGUGCUCUGUCAGACCGCGCAGUGAGAUAUUGAUGCGCUUUUACGCACUACUCCGCGUAAUAGGUUACAGAGAGCUGCUUGAUGUUAAAGACUGCGAAUGUUUCUGAUAAAUGAAUGCUGAUUUCAUUUGCUAAGUUGAAUCGAAGACCGUCACUUAUUUUAGCUUUUACAGGUACAUGCAGUUGGACACUGAACUGGUUUUUGCGCUUAAAUUUUCCAUGGUUUCCAACGAAUUCAUUGAUUUUUCAUUACUUAUAACCCAACCUACAUGUUCAAACUAGUUUCAAACACGAAGAGCGCAGCACAUCCCUGUUCCUCUUCAGAAGGAUGGAUCAGAUUCAUUUUGGGUGGGCACUUUCUGCCCCUCCUCUGAAAACUGACGAAAUCAUGGGUGGACAUGGAAUUUGAACUUGCUGCCGGCUCAUGUCUCCAGUCUUUUCGUGGGCACCAGGGGAAGAAAUAGCACCUAAGUCUGCUGCUGGGUUUUGGAGCAUCAGAUAUAUUUGCACUUUUUGUGAAGGAUUGCAUUUGGAGAAUCAGGAAUAGCCAAGAUUGUCUACAGGAAAAGAAUUGAGAUGUUACUGGACGUGAAACACAUCCUCUGGUUGGUCUGUGUCUGCAGAGCUGCUGUAACCAAAGAUGACUCUGCUCGUAGGAUGAAGGUGGAGAGGAGUUCUCCAGUGCAAGGCUCGCUGGCGGACCAGGUGGUCCUGCCCUGCCAUUUCUCCAUCCUCCCAUCUCCUACCGGCAGCUCCAGCACCUCCACCACUGCAGCAGCUGCCACAGCAUCCAGCACCCACACAGACCAUCUCCGCAUCAAGUGGACUAAACUCAUGGGCGAUGAGGAAACCAUAGUGAUAGUGACCCAGAAUGGCUUCCUCAAGAUUGGGCUGGAGUUUAAAGGCAGGGUAUCAGUUCCCAGCCACCCCGAGGACCAUGGUGAUGCAUCUCUGACCAUAGAGAGGCUCAGGGCCAGUGAUGCGGGCAUUUACCGCUGCGAGGUCAUGCACGGCAUUGAAGACACUCAAGAGUCCAUCUCCCUGAAUGUCAAUGGUGUUGUGUUUCAUUACCGCGCCAACACCAGUCGCUACACUCUAGAUUUGGAGCAGGCCAAGCAGGCCUGCACUGAUGUGGACGCGAGCAUCGCCACCGCCGAGCAGCUUCAGUCAGCCUUCGAGGACGGAUUUGACCAGUGCGAUGCUGGAUGGCUGGCCGACCAAACCGUCAGAUACCCCAUAACAUUGCCACGAGAAGGUUGCCAUGGCAAUAUGAUUCUGAGGCCAGGAGUCAGAUCAUACGGACUCAGAAAUUCCUCGGAAACGUAUGAUGUGUACUGCUAUGUAGGAGCACUACAGGGUGAGGUGUUUUUCGCUGAUGCUAAGAUGACUCUAGAUGAGGCCAGGGAGGAGUGCGAGAGACGGGAUGCAGUUUUAGCAUCUCCAGGUCAUCUUCAUGCAGCCUGGAGGGCCGGCAUGGACCGCUGCGACUUCGGCUGGCUGUCUGACGGCAGCGCCCGCUACCCCAUCUCUGUACCCAGAAUGCAGUGCGGCAAAGGACAGCUGGGUGUGAGGACUAUGUACCGCUUCCUCAACCAGACUGGAUUUCCUUUACCGAGCGAGAAGCUGGGAGCUUUCUGUUUCAAAGGAUGGGAUCCCACAACUGUACCCACAGCUGGACCUACAACACCUCCAGUUCUUUCAGACACCCAUCAAACCUCUUCCUUUAAAGCAGUCUCUUCUAUGCCAGCCCAUGGCACCACAGAGGAGCCACCAUCCAUGUUCUCUGCAAGCAUGGCUCCACGUGACAGAGGCUCUCCUGAUCUACAUCCCUCUGCUAAAUCCAUUGUUGUUGUACCAACUGAAUCUAAGACGAUUUCGGAUAUGGAAACCACAACUACAUUUAAUGACUAUGGCAGCUCUUUGGACAAUGACAGCUCCUUGGUGCAAGGGGUACCCCAUGGUGGUAUGCCCCAUUAUUCAGAUUCCUUCUUCUCUAUCCAGCAACCCCGUCAGCCCAACAGAGAGAGCAUGCAUCCUGGGUGGGAUCCUCUGCAUGGGGAAUCCAGUGGUACGGAGGGUAACAGCAGCGCUGACACGGAUACUCCUGAGAAUGUGAUUCCUGCUUCACCUGUGCUUGUAAUAGACUUGAAAGGAGAUCCAGAAAAGCCACAAAUUGUGUACAAAGAGAAUGAAACCACAGCAAACAUGACUGAAGAAAGUCUGGAUUUGGCUGAGUCCUUGCAAGGCCAGCAGAAUGAAACCACAAAGGACGUCGACUUUCCAUUGGGCAUCAAUUUGUUCUUUUACAACAUUACGGGGAGAAAACAACCAGGUAAACCUUUUAAUAAUGUGGGAGUUGAUGCUAUUCUUAAAUUCCUUGGAGAACCAGGGCUCUCUAAUCCACUUCUAACAUCUGUUGAAAGUGAGCCACCUUCGGUCAGUGGAGACCUUACAGGUGAAACAUAUCCAUCUCCUGAAGUACAUCCCUCAGCUAAAUCCAUUGUUGUUCUACCAACUGAAGCUGAGACAAGUUCGGAUAUGGACACCACAACCGCAUUUAAUGACUAUGGCAGCUCUUUGGACAAUGACAGCUCCUUUGUGCAAGGGGUACCACAUGAUGUUAUGCCCCAUUAUUCAGAUUCCUUCUUCUCUACUCAGCAACCCCGUCAGCCCAACAGAGACAGCAUGCAUCCUGGGUGGGAUCCUCUGCAUGGGGAAUCCAGUGGUGCGGAGGGUAACAGCAGCGCUGACAAGGAUACUCCUGAGAAUGUGAUUCCUGCUUCACCUGUGCUUGUUAUAGACUUCAAAGGAGAUCCAAAUCCAGACAAGCCACAAAUUGUGUACAAAGAGAAUGAAACCACAGGAAACAUGACUGAAGAAAGUCUGGAUUUGGCUAAUUCCAAUUUGAAAAGCUCAAAUUUUAGUGAAGAGAACUUGCAAGGCCAGCAGAAUGAAACCACAAAGGACGUCGACUUUCCAUUGGGCAUCAAUUUGUUCUUAUACAACAUUAAGCGGACAAAUCAAUCAGGUAAUCCUUUUAAUAAUGCGGGAGUUGAUGCUGUUCUAAAAUUCCUUGGAGAACCAGGGCUCUCUAAUCCACUUCUAACAUCUGUUGAAAGUGAGCCACCUUUGGGCAGUGGAGACCUUACAGGUGAAACAUAUCCAUCAGCUUCUGUUACCAUCACCCCAAAAGUGAGUUUCAUUAACGGAAAACACGAGCUGACUCUGAAACCGGACAAUGACCAAACUCAAGAGGCUAGAGGAGACCAGUUUGACACUGCUAUCCCACCACCAGAAGAAACCAUCACUUUUGAUAUGAUAGAAAUACUUACGAAGGAGGCUGAAGGCACCACAUCUUACCCAGAGACUGAAGAAUAUGGCUCAACGAUUAGAAGCCUAAUUGAGCCCUAUUUUACAACAAAGAGCCUGGAAAGUAUAACCACAACAGAAUUGCCUACAUUUGCAACCAAAUCCUCAAGCCAGAAGUUGACCCCACAAACCAUAUCUCUUAGCAUGCACGUAGAAGGUUCGGGGAUAUACCCAACAGAUGAUGAAGAGGAACUGACCCCCUUGGAAGGUUCUGCAGAAGACACACUUCCAACAACUAAUGUCUCAUAUGUGGUGGCUACCGACGAAACUGAAAUAGAUGAAACAGAGAAGACAACACUGGCAUUUGGGCUGGACUACAGCACUGAGGGACCAAUUGUUACAACUCGUGAAUCCAGCACUGUAGAAAUGGAGAGAACAGAGUACAGAGAAACGAAACCAGAACCAGACGAUUUUGAGGGCUCAACCUCCACUGAAGACGAGGGCUCGGGACAAGAUAUAUAUGCAACAGAAGAAUCAAAGCAACCAACUUUAUCUCCAUCAUUCACUGAUUCAUCUCACAGCUUUACAAGUUCCUUAACAACUACUCAUCCUAAAGAGCCUAGGCAACCUUUUAGUUUGGCUUUGCCCAGUACAGAUCCUACGAUUCAGGUGGUUUCAACUUUUCAAAUCGAGGCAAUCCUAGAAGAAAGCACUCCUUACAUUACACACUCUGAGAAAGACGAAAACAGACGUACAACUAAGAGUCCUUUAUUGGUGACUGAGAAUGAAAAAGACUUAAGUAUAAUCUUCACCAUCUCUGAGGACAUCGGCUCUGGUCAGUCUGAUCAGUCAACUGAAGCAUUCUCAAAACAACCAUUCACUGCAACUACUGUUCCAUCCCUUCUUAUUAAACAAACUGAAGAAACAAGUGUUGAUGCACAUGAUGAAACACCUAAAGUAUUUGAAGGUUCUGCAGAAGACACAACACCACUGACCUUCACUAGUGUCCAAACUCAAACAAAAUUCACAACCCAAAGUUCAGAGACCACCAUUCUGCCCACUGAUAGUCUUAGAGCAGUAAUGUCUUCCUCCCAAGAAACUGUUCUAAUCCAAAAAUCCCAUUUAGAAGAGACAACCACCUCAGUGCAGUCAUCAGAGACUUUGGGCUCCCAAGAAACUGUUAUAAUCCAAAAAUCACCAUCAGAAGAGACAACCACCUCAGUGCAGUCAUCAGAGACUUUGGGCUCCCAAGAAACUGUUAUAAUCCAAAAAUCACCAUCAGAAGAGACAACCACCUCAGUGCAGUCAUCAGAGAUUUUGGGCUCCCAAGAAACCAUUAUAAUCCAAAAAUCACCAUUUGAAGAGACAACCAUCUCGGUGCAGUCAUCAGAGACUUCAGAUGAGACAACAAAAGAAAUAACACAUUCUACAUUUGGAUUCCCAACUGAGAAGCCUCUCACCUCAUUUACCCAAGUUUCCAGUUAUCCCACCACCGACUUAAAUGUGAAAGAGCCAGUUCAGGUCUUGGAUAGGGGAACUACUUCUGCUACAGAAAAUGUUUUCACCACUACCAAAGCCACAAGUAUUGUGGUAUUUGAAGAGAAUGUUGUAGAUUAUAAAGAUGUGGUGGGUCCCUCAAUUGUUCACGGACAACCACCGUCCAGGGAAGAGUUCACCACAAGAAAACCAGAAUUCUGGACAGAUUCCAGCUACACUGUUGAGAGUCAUAUGGAGGUUUUCCAAGGUCUCACACUUUGCUCUGUCAGUGUGUGUGAAAAUGAUGGAAUUUGCUAUUCUAAUGGAAAAGGAAACAUAUGUGUCUGCAUGCCUGGAUUCAGUGGGGAACACUGUGAAAAUGAAAUUGACGAAUGCCAGUCAAACCCUUGUCACAAUGGUGGUACAUGCAUUGACGGGUUAAACGGUUUCAGGUGUGUCUGUCUGCCCAGCUAUUCAGGAGCCCUCUGUGAGCAAGACACGGAGAUUUGUGACUUUGGCUGGCACAAGUUUCAGAGCCACUGCUAUAAGUACUUCACACACCGGCGGACAUGGGAAGCAGCGGAAAGAGCGUGUCGUCUGCAGGGCGGUCACCUCACCAGUGUCCUGUCCCAUGAAGAGCAGCUCUUUGUUAAUCGUUUGGGGCAUGACUAUCAGUGGAUUGGACUGAAUGAUAAAAUGUUUGACAAUGAUUUCCGCUGGACAGAUGGACACCCUAUGCAAUUUGAGCACUGGAGAGUGGGUCAGCCGGACAGCUUCUUCUCCAUGGGCGAGGACUGCGUGGUGAUGAUCUGGCACGAGCGUGGUCAGUGGAACGAUGUGCCAUGCAAUUAUCACCUGACCUUCACCUGCAAGAAGGGCACAGUGUCCUGCGGUCAGCCUCCUGUCAUAAAGGAUGCCCAUAUCUAUGGCGGCAUUAAGCCGCGGUAUGAGAUCAACUCUCUGGUUAGGUACCACUGCAAGGACGGUUUCAUCCAAAGACACAUUCCCACUAUCAGAUGCCGAGAAGACGGCCACUGGGACAAGCCCAAAAUCAUGUGCUUGAAACCAUCUACCUACCAGAUGUAUGCUCACAAAAAUCAAAACAACAACAAUUACAACAACAGUAAGAGACGCUACAGUGAGUCGACGCAGGACCGUCAUCGCUGGUCAAAAACAGCAGAUGACUCCACACACUGAUCUCCAUCUACAGACCUACAGAUGCUUUACAUCUACAGAGAAACUCUUUAGUCUAAAGGACUGAAGCCAAACCAUGUGCCUGAUGAAUGUUUUAGAACCGAGAAGUGAAUUUCCCUGAGGGACUGCAAAAAACACCAUCACCCACCCACUGAGAGCAUACUUUGACUAUGCAACAGUCUACAUUGUAUAUUGUAAUAAUGUCUUAAUGUUUUGACAUGGGAAGGGGGUUUCUGGUUGAAAUGUAUAUAGUAGAGAUAUUGAACAAGUAAAAACAGCUGUGAAAGGUGACUUUUUUUAUGUUUUUUUUUUUUUUUUUUUAAUUCAUUCGUAACUUUUGCUUACGAAGAACUGGACUUCCUGUUCUCUCUGACUUAAUAAGAGAGCACUAUGGUACGAGCAGAAUAUAAACAGAACAGUUAUAGUACUCAAGAGUAAAAGAACAAUAGGCAUUAUAUUGUUUCACAUUGUGGUGAGGGGGGUUCAAAAGGGAUGUCACGGGGCUGGAGGACAAACAAUGCUGAAAGGACUGCAACUCAAAACAAUUUUUCAACAUCGUCUUCCUCUGCAGCAUCCUCACUAAUUAUGAGGAUUACUCAGAUAAUAUUCAACCAUUGUACACUCUCAUAAUCAUAUUCUCAUAUGGCAUCAAAUACAUAUUUUCAUUUUUUUUUAUGUUGGUUUGUAAUGUAACAAUUUUUACUUUUUAAAAUGAAUGUCAUGGUAAAAUAUGAAAAUAUGUAUACUGUAUGUGUGGUCGAAUGAACUAGCAUUUUUGUCAGAUAUUAUUACAAAUGUUACAUGAAGCCAUAGUAGUUUAAUUUAUUGCCGAAGAUACAUAUAGCGAUGAAUGGACUGUGAGAUUUUGAAUAAUAAAGCGCUAUUAGAAUAUAAUGAACACGUU